AUGUUCAGAAGUAUUGUCAAUGCGUCCAGAAUUACCCUGAGAAAUGUCUCUGUGGUGAGUAGUGCCACAAGAGUGACACCAGGUUACAUCAACAAGCAGGCGCCAAUGAAGAGUGCUGUUCGGUUUUACAGUGCUGCGCCGGAGUUGACUAGAGAGAUCAUUGCCGAGAGAAUUGUUGAGUUGUUGCAAGCGUACAGCAAGACGGCAGAGGACAUUACCAUCACCGACUCCACGUCCUUCAGCAAGGAUCUCGGAUAUGACUCUCUUGACACUGCAGAGGUGAUUAUGGAGAUUGAACACGAAUUCUCCAUUUUGAUACCAGACAAGGAGGCAGACGAAAUCAAGACUGUUGGCCAGGCCAUUGACUAUAUCCAACACCAAGACGAUGCAUGCUAA